AUCACUGCACAUGAGAACAUAUCCUUCUUGUUCAGUCAGUAAAUGAAGAUGUUACUCAAGGCACUUUUCGUCUUUGGUGUUAGUUUGACCGUAGUUCACGCAUUUGAAGACAAAACAAUAGCGCAGUGGUUGACGGACAAUGGCUACAGCACACUAGUCAGCCUUUUAAAACAGGCCGGACUUUACGAUGUACUUAACAGCCCCGGUGCUUAUACAUUGUUCGCACCAUCUGAAGCGGCGUUCGGCAAGGUGCCCCAGAGUUUACUUAGUACAUUACAAUCAGAUAAUGCACUGUUACAAUCGGUCCUCAAGUAUCACGUGCUACAAGGUUAUACUUUGAGCCCUACAAUAAAUAAUGGUGCCGCGAAAACGACCCUUAAUGGCCAAGAUGUUACUUUCAAAGUGUUUGCAAACAGGACUAUAAUGGUGAACAACGCUGUUGUAAAAAGUGGUUCCUCUGAUAUCAUCUUGAACAACGGAGUAAUACAUGUUUUGGACUCCGUGUUACUGCCAGUCACAGAUAAGGUUGGGGAAAUUUUGUUGAAGAGAAACGAUGAAUUCAGUACCCUCAAUUUACUUCUGACCAUUACGGACCUUGCUCCAUCCUUGUUAGCCGGAAAUGUUACUUUGUUUGCACCAACAAAUGAUGCCUUCAACAGGGUAACCACUCAGCUACCAAACUUCUCUGAUCCUGGAGCUAUAGAUAUAUAUAAAAAAAUUUUGCUGAACCAUGUUGUCAAUGGUGCUGUUCCCUCGAGUGCUCUGUCAAACGGACAGACUGUCACCGCUCUUGGUGGUGGUACAUUGCAAGUCGGCAUCGAUUCAAAUGGUGUGUCAAUUACACCAACAGGAUCGAGCAUCUCGGGCAAGGUGACAGAGGCUGACGUGACGGCGAUUAAUGGUAUGAUACACGUCGUUGACCAAGUUCUCGUACCCGCAAAACUGUAGAGGGAGAGGUUCAACGUGCUCACUUGUUUAGUUAAACUGAAAUAGAUUAAUGUUAAAUCAAUAAACAUAAUUUCAAAAAG